AUGUCUUCGUGGAGUCCGUCGGGAAAUUCGGCUGCAUGGAUUCGAGCAGAACUUAUUGUUACUGGUAUAUUACCCAUAAUAUUAGUCGUAUUUGGCACCAUUAGUAAUCUUCUUUCGGCGAUAGCCCUAGCCACUAAAGAAAGUCGUAAAAGUUCAACAAACAUUUAUUUGAUAUUUCUAUGUAUUGUGGAUACACUCUCAUUAUAUCAGUGGAAUUUAGAUUAUGCUGUGAUUCAAUUUACUGGCCUGUCAGUGAGUCAACGUUCAUUAUUUUUAUGUAAAUCAAUUGAAUUUCUUGGCUACUAUACUGUUCAUAUCUCAGCAUCUUUGUUAACUAUGGUUUCAGUUGAUCGAGCUCUACUAUUAUGGUCAAUCCAAUAUAAACGCAAAAUAGCAAAACCCAAGAUAGCAUUAAUUAUUUGCAUUAUUAUUUUUGUAAUUUUAUUCAUAUUGAAUGGGUAUUUAUUGGGCUUAGGCUAUGAAAUGACUUUGUCAAAUGACACAUCUACCACCUUACUUUGCUAUCAAACUACAGACGUAGUACUAUUUGCAUUUUACAAUAGUGUUUGGCCCUAUGUUCAUCUUUGUAUAAUGUAUAUUAUCCCAUUUAGUCUGACAAUUCUAUGUACAAUAUUAAUAGUGAUCAAACUGACAAAUACCCCACAAAUUCAUCAGUCAACUUUUAGACGAAAUAGAAGAAUAUCGUUAAUGUUGAUUGCAAUGUGUAUCACCUACUUGAUAUUAACUUUGCCAAAUCGACUAUGUUUUACAGUGUUGUAUUCGCGAUUAUUGAAUCAAGAUUAUACAGACACAGUUCUAGCAUUAGCAAAUUUAUUAAUGUAUGCAAGAAAUUCUAUGAAUAUAUGUUUUUUCUGGGUUAGUGUUGCUGGAUUUAGUGGAAAAGUUUUGAAAAUCUUCAGUUGCAAGCGCUACAUGUCAAAUCGUGUCGAGCCUAUCAUGACAAGGACGACUCAUACGAAACAGAACAAUAAAAAUAAUACUGGCUACGUUUGAAACUCUUCAUUAUCGCUAUUCGUUGCAGAAGCUAUUUUUGCUUAUAUUUAGUUUGUAAUUCAAUCGGUGUAGACUAAAAUUAUCAACUUAACAAAUAUUAUCAAGUUGAAUUCUGACUCAUAACUGGAGAAACUGUCUGAUUCUGAUUUUUUCUUUAAAACAAGUAUCGUUCAUCUUCGAUUCACUGACCCUUGACUGAAAAUGGAUUUUUAGCGAUGAUUUGGUGUUAGUACGCGCUUAGCUUUUUAAAGGGAUGGAGAAACAGAAAAUUUUUGUUUAUUUAUGUGUAUGAUCCAAUGACAUAUGACGUGUUGAAGGACAUAUUUCCAAGGAUUUGAUCGUUAACAUUAGGAGGCGUUUACUCAUUUUAUUUAAACAGAACACGGAAAAGUAGAAGAAAAACAGUAACUGAACUGA